AUGUCUGUCCCAAAGAUGUUUGAACAUCUCAGAAUACCACUAGAAGCUAUAAGAUCAGCUACCAACGACUUUGCUAAAGACAAUUGCAUCGGAGAAGGAGGCCUUGGAAAAGUUUAUAAGGGAGAACUUCUCCUUUUCAAGGGGCGUACCAAAGUUGCUUUAAAACGUUUAGAUCGUAUAGCUUUACAACGAAACCGCGAGUUUUGGAUGGAGAUCAUGAUGCUUUCACAAUACAGACAUGAAAAUAUUGUCUCCUUCUUGGGGUUUUGUGACGAGAAAGACGAGAAGAUCUUAGUAUAUGAGUAUGCUUCUAACAACAGUCUCGACUUGCAUCUCGAUAGCAAAGAUCUAACCUGGGUUCAACGCCUUUCAAUAUGCAUCGGGGCGGCUCGCGGAUUGGAGUACCUUCAUGACCCUGCUGGGUCUCAACAAAGAAAAUUACACAGGGAUGUGAAAAGUGCCAACAUCCUUUUAGAUGAAAAUUGGAAUGCAAGUAUUGCAGAUCUGGGUCUAUCAACAUUUCAUCAGGCUAAUACAAACGAAAGCGUUCUUUCUACUAAUCCUGUAGGCACGAUGGGAUAUUGUGAUCCAAGUUAUAUGGAGACAGGGAUGCUAACAAAGGAGUCAGACGUUUACUCCUUGGGUGUGGUAUUGUUUGAAGUUUUGUGUGGGAGGUUGUGUAUCCAGAAUAAUAAUAGACGUGGAGAAUCAUUUAUCCACCUGGAUGAAAUAAACCCAGAUUCUUUGAGGGCUUUUGCAACAAUUGCUUAUCAAUGUUUGAAUAGCGACUAUGAAAAGCGUCCAUCAAUGAACGAUGUCGUGAAAAAUCUUGAAGAUGCACGGACAUAUCAAUUGAAAAAAACCCAAUACAGAUAUAAGAAAUCUGAAGUUCACAAAAUAGAGAAAUCGAAUUAUGCAAAAAAUUCUAUUUCAGUUAUUCAUACAAAAUUGCACUUCAGUCCGAUAAUCUAA